AUGUCACAGGAAAGGGGACUGCUGGUGGCCACCAACCCACCGCCAGUGGUCAAAGAUGCGCAACUGGACCGACUGCGCGAGGAGCGCGAGGUGCACCGUCAUCGACAAAUCUGGACCAAGGAUGCUCAUGGAGGACCAUACAAAAAGGUCAACGACGGCAAAGGGUACGACCCUCUCUUGCAAACCCCGGACGGCAAGGAUAAGGAGUGGGCGCUGGGGUAUGAGCGUGUCAAGGUGGGCCCCACCACCAACUUCGUGGGCAACCACAUGACCCAGGCGGCCAUCGACCUCGUCCAGGCCCACCUCCAGCCGCCGCGGGAGCCCGUCUCGAACCCCGGCGCCCUGCGCUUGACCCAGGGCGCGGAGCACGGGCCGAAGCUCCUGCAGGUGACCCCUCCCCAAUCUGAACAGCAUGCAGGCAGCCCUAUAAGGGCCCUGGACAGGUACAGGUGGCAGGACGCAGCGGAGAGCGUGGAUAUCAGUGUCGAGCUGCCACAGAAUGGGCCCUGGGACGUAACCUGCGAGGUGACGCGUGGCAGUCUCAUGCUGGAAGCCCGACCCCAGAGAGGGCCGCAGCUACGGCUGCACAUCCCCGCCCUCUGCCAUGCCGUCACGCCCGAGGCCUGCCGGGUCAUUGUGGCCUGUGGUGAGGAUCAUGGCGAGCAGGCAGCUGUGCCAUCGGUCUCUGGCGUCUGGGCUUGGAAGGGGCACCUCCCCGGUGGCACCCUGCUCCUGCAUCUGCACAAGGAGCAGGAGGGCAUGCAGUGGCAGCGGCUGGCGGCUCAGAAGGAGGACGCUGGUGGAGAUGGCGCACGUGCCCCAGCUGCUCCGGCGGCAGCACCGGACCUGGACGCCACCAGACGCGCCUUGCUCGCCGCGAGGAGGCGAGGCAGGCCCUACGACGUCCAGGCGGCCCUGCCCGCCACAAGGCCUGGGCCUGAGCCUGCUGGUUUGCCUGGCAUAGAGGAUCCAACACACGGCGGGGGUGCGGCGUCGGUUUCGGGGCCGCACGCCGACCUCCUCCCGGAGGCGGCGGCCGCCGAGGCAGAGCGCGCUGCCAGCGCGGGCGAGUAUGUCGGCGCGGUACGCGCCGCGAGCCUGGCGCUGAGCGCGGCACCCUUCCUGGCGUCCUCUGCAGGUGCAGAUCUGCUGUUGGAUCGGGCUCGCUGGCGCACCUGCUUGGGCGACGCGGCGGGGGCCGUGGCGGACUGCAGCCAAGUUAUCGAUGGCGAGGGCGUUCAUUCAAACACCAACGUGGUCACCAGGGCGCUGCUCCUGCGAGCAAGCCUGCGGGAAGAGGGGGAGUGUCUGCCCCAGGCCUUGCAAGAUGUGGAAGCCGCGCUGUCCCUCGCUCCUGGCACACCCGGCCUAGCGGUGACGAGGGAAAGGCUGAGGACCCUUGUUAUUCGCCCGCAGCGUGGCGUUCACAAGACGCUGAUGUGCUGA